CAGUACUCGUUGCUUUCAAAACAUCAUACGUGGGUAGAAGACGAAAUGUACAGCAGAUAAAAUACGAAGAACGAUAGAUCCCACAAUCAAAAGAUUUAAUUGCGGUGAUUUAGUUACAUUAACAGCAAAUAUAACACAAAUAAUUGGUCCAUAAUGGCUGACCUAAAGAAAGAUUUGGACGAGUAUCUGCUGCUGCAGAGCGAUCAGAAGAAAAGCUUCAAGCUUGAAAUGCCAAAGAUGCCCUCGAUCUCCACCCCUGGGCUGGUGGGCAAACUUUUUGGAAAGAACCAGGAAAGUGAAGCGAACAGCUGGCUCAAGGAUCCGCAGGAAACAUGCUGCCCCAAAUUGAGUCGAAUACAACGAAUUGUAGGAUUUGUAACAUGCCUGGGUCUGGGAGUGUUCUGCAUGAUUGUGUCCACAUUCUACAUCCCAGUGUUGAUUCUCAAGGCAAGGAAGUUUGCCCUGUUGUACACGUUGGGGAGCAUCUUCUUCAUCAUGAGCUUUUCCUUCCUGAGUGGUUUCGGUGCGAUGUUCCGACAGAUGUUCUCCCGGGAUCGAGUAGCGCUUUCCAUAUCGUACAGCUGCUGCCUAACAGCGACUCUGUACUUUGCAAUGGUUGAACAAAGUACCGCACUUACCGUGUUGUUUGCGGUGGCACAAAUAAUAACACUACUCUGGAUGAUCUUGGGAACGAUUCCAGGCGGCAUGACGGGAGUCAAGUUCUUUGGGCAAAUGUUCCGUAGUUCUGUAUCGAAUACGCUACCUGUGUAAAGAGGAGAGAGAAAACUAUGCCUACGGUGGCAAUACUGAAACUAAUUCACUCUGGGAGCAAUCCCUAUAAUUAGAGUAGAAAUGGAAAUUGUAUUACUAUUUGGUAAAUGUACUUGUAAAAUAACAGAAUUCGCAUAAUAAACUUUCAUUAACAUUUUAAUAAUCAA